AAAUAUAUUUUACACAUGCGGUAUACCGAAAGUUAUGUGAAAAAUGUGAAAUUUGUUAACAAAUUCAUUCCAUUCUUUGGAAAUGUGUUGCAAUUAGUAGGGAAAUCAUCGACAGAAGCAUUCCGCGAGCUGGUUCAGUUUAUAAAUCGAGAGGGCACGCCGUUUAAAGGGUACAUCGGUCCGAAGUUAUCCAUCGUUGUUGAUAAGCCGGAUGAUAUAAAAGCAGUUCUUACCCAUUGCCUUGAUAAACCAUUUGUUUAUGAGUUUUUUCCAUCUAAAUUGGGACUCUUGACUGAGAGAUCGAGUGAAAUUUGGAAACCAUCUCGUAGGCUCUUGAAUCCGACUUUCAACUUGAAGACUUUGCAAUCGUUUAUACCGAUUUUCAAUGAAAAGACCAAAGACUUCAUAGAUGAAGUGGGAAAAGAAGUUGGGAAUGGUGCUUUUGACAUAUUGCCGUAUGCGAGUGCUUGUACAUUCCAUGAAAUUUGGUCCACUUUAAUGGGACUUGAUAUUGAUCUAAAACCCAACGAAGGAAAGGAAUUUAUCCAUAGCAUUGAAGUUAUUUUCGAUUCGAUAUUCAAGCGAUUCACAAGACCAUGGUUGUAUUUGGAUUUCAUUUAUCGAUGGACUGAUCUAUAUAAAGAAGAGCAAAAAAACUACGACAAAGUACGAACCCUAACGAACAAGGUUUUCGAAGAGCAAACUAAACAAUAUUUGGAUGAGGAUAACGACAAUGGUUUUGAGAAUCUUUCGACAAAUAAAAAAAGACACCUUCCAAUCAUACCGUUAUACGUUGAAGGGAAACUCAGUGAGGAUCUGGUGAAGGAUCAAAUCGAAGCGUUUUUAAUAGCUGGAUAUGAAACAUCCUCCAACACAGUGGCUUAUACGGUUUUAGUGCUGGCCAUGCAUCCACAGAUUCAAGAGCAAGUUUUCAAUGAACUUCGUUCCAUCUUCGAUACACCGGACGAACAAACAACCUAUGACCACAUUCAGAAAAUGCAUCUUCUGGACCGUGUGAUUAAGGAAACUAUGCGUUUAUGUCCAACUGCACCGUUCAUAGAACGUACUUCGUCGACUGACGUUCAGAUUAGCGAUUGUGUUAUUCCAAAAAAUACGUUUAUUGUGACAAUGUUCUAUACAUUACAUCGGAGGCGAGAUAUAUGGGGCGAUAAUGCUAAUGACUUUAAUCCGGAUAAUUUUCUGCCAGAAAACGUUCAAUCCCGUCACCCAUUUGCGUACCAACCCUUUGGAGGUGGCUCGCGUAACUGCAUCGGCCACCAAUAUGCAAUUUUUUCAUUGAAAGUCAUGUUAUCCGCACUUCUACGCAACUAUAAAUUCAACACACAUUUGAAGUGGUCGGAAAUGGAAUUUAAAAUGGAAAUUACACUAAAGUUGGAGAGUAAGCACAUGGUUACAGUAGCACCACGUACCUGUCAAUUUCGAAAACUGAACAAUUUUUUUGCCGUUGGCAGCAAAACCAGUUUCAAAUAUAUGAUCAAAAUGUUUGCAGUGGUUGCAUUAGUGAUUUUAGUGACAUGGGCGUUGGUAAAAUAUGUUUGGAAAAUGUAUCGCAACGAAAGUUAUGUUCGUAAUUUGAAAUGUAAACAACCAUUUAUUCCGUUUUUCGGAAAUGUUCUUUCAAUAAUGGGAUUAACAUCGACCGAAAUAUUCAAUAAAUUUGUUCAAUUUGCAACCCAAAAUGAGACACCCUUGAAGAUGUACUUUGGCUCAAAACUCAUCGUCAUUCUGGAUAAGCCAGAAGAUUUAAAAGCCAUUCUUUUAUCACAAAAUUGCCUUGAUAAGCCAUAUGUCUAUGGCUUUUAUCCCUGUCCACGAGGCAUCGCAACUGAACAGUGCGGUGUUAUAUGGAAAAAAUCUCGAAAACUAAUGAAUCCUACGUUUAAUUUGAAAAUGCUGCAAUCAUUCAUACCAGUUUUCAAUGAGAAAGUGGCGAGUGUUGUGCAGGAAUUGAAAGAUCAUGUUGGAAAAUCGGGCAUCGAUAUAAUGCCAUACACGAACGCAUAUUCCUUGGACACGAUUUGUGCCACUGUGUUGGGACUUGAUAUCGAUUUAAAAUCAAGCAAAGGAAAAGAAUUUAUCGACAGUUACCUGAGUAUUGCUCAAAUCAUACUCAAGCGUGCAGCCAUGCCAUGGGCUCACUUUGACUACAUUUAUCAAUGGACUGAUUUAUACAAGCAACAACAGAAACGCAUGCCAGACGUACGGUAUCUGAUAAAUCGGGCAUUCGAUGAACAAAUCAAAAAUUAUUCGCCGAACAAUAAUUUCCCGAAAAAUGAUCAAAAUGUCACGGUGCAAAACGAACAUCAGUUUAUUGGAUUGUACAUGGAAGGAAAAUUUAACGAAGAUAUGAUGAAACAGCAAAUUGAAACAAUGUUGAUUGGUGCAUUUGAGACAACCGGUUCAACGGCUGCGUUCGUUGUUUUGAUGCUGGCCAUGCAUCCGAUUAUACAGGAACAAGUCUUCGACGAACUUCGCUCCGUAUUCGAUACACAAGAUGAAGAAGCAACGUAUGAACACAUUCGGAAAAUGAAUCUAUUAGAUCGUGUGAUUAAGGAAACCAUGCGUCUUCUUCCAAUGGGCCCAUUUAUUGAACGUGUUACAACUGCUGAUGUGCCGAUCAGUAGCUGCGUUCUUCCAAGAGAUGUAUUAAUUUCGAUUUCAAUCUUCACAUUGCAUCGGAGAAAAGACAUUUGGGGCGAACAUGCAAAUGAAUUCAAUCCGGAUAAUUUUUUACCAGAAAAGGUUCAAUCGCGUCAUGCAUUCUCCUUCCUUCCAUUCAGUGGAGGCCCACGUAAUUGCAUUGGCUAUCUGUAUGCGAUGUUCUCAAUGAAAGUGAUGAUCGCACUUCUACUGCGCAACUAUCAAUUCAGCACGGAUUCGAAAUUGUCAGAUCUUGAACUAAAAUUUGAACUCACACUAAAAUUAGCGAAAAAACCAGUGAUCACAAUAGCACAACGCAAUUGGUAAAUUAAGAACACCAACUACGAGUAUGAGUUCACAUUAGUAGACUUUAAUGGAGACUACAGUAUAUUAACUAUUUUUAGAUUUUAAAAUGAACGUAGGAUUUAAAUGGGCUUUAUGUUAUUGUGUUUUUGGUUACAUUUUUGUGUUUUUCUACAUAAAAUAUUUUAAAUGUG